AUGAGUGAUAUUGAACAGACAGCUAAUAAUGCAUUGCCAUUUUAUGCUAGUGGUUUAGUUGUCAAAGGAUUCGGUCGAGGAUCAAAAGAUUUGGGUAUUCCUACUGCCAAUUUUAGUAGUGAUGUUAUAAAAAAUUUACCUGAAAAUGUUGGCACUGGAGUAUAUUUUGGAUGGGCACAAGUUGAAAAUUCUGAGAUUUACAUGAUGGUUAUGAGUAUUGGCUGGAAUCCAUUUUAUAACAAUACUGAAAAGUCUAUGGAAAUUCAUAUUCUCAAUAAAUUUGAUAACGAUUUUUAUGGAUCUAAUAUAAAAAUUAAGGUUGUUGGAUUUAUUCGACCAGAAUUAAACUUUAAUUCUGUGGAAGAACUUGUCAAUACUAUUCAUUCUGAUAUCGAGUAUGCAAUACAAAAGUUAGAAAACACUGACAAAAAUGAUGAAUAUUUUAAUUUAUAACCUGCCAUGGUGAAAUUAAAAUUGCGGUACAAUUUUAAUAUUCUAUAUGAUGAACUUGACUCAAGACAUGUUUUACUUGAUUUUUAAAAUAUU